AGUCUGAUCAGAUCAGAGUCACGCAGCGCUGCUGUCUGUGGGUUUCUCCGCGUCUGUUUUAUGUGAAAGAGCGGAAUCACGCGUGUUUCAGCGCAGGUUUGCAGGCUGCUGGUCUCCUGUGCCACACACUAUGUGACCAAACACCGUCGUCUGUUCUCAGCUUGUUCCGGCCGGCAGUAGAGUCGAUCAGACCGGAGCUCGAGGUCUGUGUUAAAAUGUCUGCGUGUGGAGAGUUUGCAGAGCACGUGUGGAAACCAGGCUCCUGUAAGAACUGCUUCCAUCCGCGCAGCGCUCACGGACAGACCGGCACGGCGGGAGGAGCUUGUGUCCGAACGAGUCUGAUCGGGGAAGACGAGGGUGGGGUAACGUCUCCCUCUCCGUAUAUCAAACCCACCGUCGCUGUCAGACCCACCAUGAUGAACAUGGACAUCACAGUGGAGGUCAAGACGGAAAUGAAUACAGAACAGAACAACCAGAAGACCUCUGUAGGACUGAAGAAAGCUCUGGAUUUGGCUCCUCUGUACAUCGAUAGCAAUGGAUGUAAUAAAUCUCUCAGAGAAACCAUAAUACAAAACGGCAUCUCCGGAAAGAAGUUCUCCCCAAACGUUUGUUCUCCCACUGGAUUAUCCAAAGACUGCAUGAUUAUCAGCAAUAUAUUUAUGAGUCAAGAAGAUGGCUGCGUUCAACACAGUCUAAAAGAGAAUGGGAACAGUGACUCCUAUAGACAGAUGACCAAAGCGGUCAAGAGCACUUACGCCAAUGGAGAUCUAUGUCUUCACAACAGGACUGGAAACAGUGAUGGAGUUACAAGUCCUCUAAGGGCAUCCGUAGAGGAAAGGCAAGCCAGAACCGCACCAGGGAAUGUGGUUAACGGAUCGUCCAAUGAGAUGCCAGGUACUUCGUCGUCUCCGAUGACUCCAGACUCCUUCCGCGAAAGCCUAUCAGCCUCGUGCUCCAAUCGGAGCAGCAUGGAUUCGUUAGUGGGACUCCGGAGUCCUCCGAAGUCUCCAAGCGUUCCACCAAACGUUCUUGAGGAAAGUGAUCCGAUAUAUGCUGAGAGCACCAAGAGGAAAAGACGACUCGAUGCUCAAUGCGACAGGAAGGCUCCGAAAUCCUCCGAGUCUGAAACCGAAGUCAACGUAAGCGACAAUCAAAGAGCGACUAUUACUGUCGUCGCCGCCCAUACUGAGAAAAACAACCGGACGUUUUACCUGAGCAGCCCGGAUUCGGCCGUAAGCACUCAAUGGACCCACUUCAGCCCAACCGCGCCCAAAGACCCAUCAAGCCCGGCGUUCACUUGGCCAAAUGCUCCUGAUGCCACUGAAACAACCCAACCCAAGCCUCGAUCCAGUCCCCCAGUUCCUCCUAAGAUCAGCACCCGUCCACCAAGACUUGGUACCUCCAGUCUCUCCUUACCGUUACCCGAGCUCAGCUUUCACGUGGGUCUUCCUCCAAAUCAGAUGACCUUGCAAGUGGACACCAAUGCUCAUGCCGUCCGAAACAAGUCCAACAGCGCCACGAGUCUGGAGGGAUGUAUUGACGAGGUAGAAGAGGAGGUUGAGUCCAAGAGAUUGGGCUCUUAUGGUGGGCUAGGCGACUCCAUCAAUGCUCCUGCUGUUCCGUCCAGAGAAUGGACGAGUGAGAGCAGUGCAGUGCCAGGCACCGCCAACAAAAGCACCAGUCAAAUGCCGGCAGAGGAUGGUAGAGCCAAAGAGAGCUUGCUCUUGAGUCCGUCUCCUCUCAUCCACUCCAGUGAACCCAACACCAGCCGGGAUCCCACGCCGCCUCCGCCGCCUCCCAAAAAACACCACCGGGUGUGUAAGCGUCUGAGUGGCAGUAAUAUGGAUCUGGAGCGCGUCGGUCAGCAGGGGUCAGUGGAGAAUCUCAGCCAAUCACUGCGAGGACUGAACUGCUGCACCAAUGCAUCCAGCGACAGCCUGCAGGCGCACUCCGACACCGACUCCACCCUCCACUCCAUCCCCUCCCCUUUCCCCAGCAGCCCGCUUGGCUCCGCCCCUUCAUCUCCACAGCCCGACGCGUUUCCCUGCACCAGCCUGGCCAAUCAGCUCCAGCCGCCUCCGUUACCACAGAAGAAGCUGGUGAACCGCACCACCUCGGCUCCGAGCGACUCUGGCGUCAAACCGCUCGCCUGUUCUCGCCCGCGUCUGGGGAAUGUGACGUCUUGCUCGUCUCCGCAGCUCAACACGCUGCAUCUGCAUGCGCUGCUCAGGAACAUGGACAGCCGCGAGGGCAUCUACUCCAAACUGGGCGGCCUGUACGCCGAGUCUCUGCGGCGGCUCGCACUCAAGUGUGAGGAGCAUUUCUCCAGCGGCCAGAGGAACACGCUGAGAUUCGACGAGAGCAACUGGUCACUCUUCAAACUCACCUGCAACAAACCCUGCUGUCUGUCCGGAGACGCUGUGUAUUACUCAGCCUCCUGCGCGUCAGACACUCGAAACACAUACGCCGUCAAGGUCAGAGAAUAUAUAUACAGAUUUCGACUAAAAGUAAUUAACUAUUUCUUCUCCCUCGCUCUUUUCUUCUGGUCAUGUGAUCUAGACUCCACCCUCCACUCCAUCCCCUCCCCUUUCCCCAGCAGCCCGCUUGGCUCCGCCCCUUCAUCUCCACAGCCCGACGCGUUUCCCUGCACCAGCCUGGCCAAUCAGCUCCAGCCGCCUCCGUUACCACAGAAGAAGCUGGUGAACCGCACCACCUCGGCUCCGAGCGACUCUGGCGUCAAACCGCUCGCCUGUUCUCGCCCGCGUCUGGGGAAUGUGACGUCUUGCUCGUCUCCGCAGCUCAACACGCUGCAUCUGCAUGCGCUGCUCAGGAACAUGGACAGCCGCGAGGGCAUCUACUCCAAACUGGGCGGCCUGUACGCCGAGUCUCUGCGGCGGCUCGCACUCAAGUGUGAGGAGCAUUUCUCCAGCGGCCAGAGGAACACGCUGAGAUUCGACGAGAGCAACUGGUCACUCUUCAAACUCACCUGCAACAAACCCUGCUGUCUGUCCGGAGACGCUGUGUAUUACUCAGCCUCCUGCGCGUCAGACACUCGAAACACAUACGCCGUCAAGAUCUGUAAAGGCCAGGCUCCGGACAGUAAGCAGGUUCAUCUGUACGGUCUUUCGGUGCAGCAGAGCAUCCCGUCUCACUUCAAUCUGCAGCAGGACCGCGGUCACUUCAUCGCCUGCGUGCCGCGGAGCAUGCUACCCAGCGAGGAGAGCGGUCCGGCCGAGCAGGAGUGCGUGGUGGUCAUCACCCGGGACGUCCCGCACCAGAGCGUGGCAGAUUUCGUCCGCGAGUGGGAGUCGUUCCACCGCGCGCAGCCGGAGGUUUACGAGCGCCGCGUGUGUUUUCUGCUGCUGCAGCUGUGCGCGGGUCUGGAGCAUCUGAAAGCGCACGGCGUCACGCAUCGAGAUCUGUGCAUGGAGAACCUGCUGCUGGUGCAACGUCCAGAUCCACAGCAGCACAGCCUCCCGCGCCUCCUCAUCAGCAGCUUCGCCAAAGCCAAGCGCCGCGACGCAGACCAGGUUAUUAUGAAUCAUGCUUAUUAAUAACAUGUCACAAUAUUAUUGUUUUUAC